CGACGGACGUGUUUAGUUCUCAUCUGCACCGGCGAUCCAUCCCAUCCGCCAUGGACUCUGCGGUGCAGGGCACCCCCGAAGAGGACGCCGUCGUCUACACCAUCUACGACCUGGGCGCCCUGCGGAGCCCAUACGAGCCUGGGGCCCUCGACCGCCUCUCCAGCUCGCUGCUCUCGGAUGCCUGCUUGAUCACCGAGGGGUAUAUAUGGCACAAGGAUCGCUUCAACCUCGCCGUCUCAGUCUCUGGAUCCGAGAUGCCGUCUCUCAGCGGACGCCAGAGGAUCGGCGACUGUAUAGACGACGAGUGGUUCGUUGUAUAUGUACUGCUGGAGCUGUCCAAGAAGUACCCCGAUAUUGCCGUCCGCGUCCAAGACACGGACGGCGAGUUCCUGCUGAUCGAAGCGGCGAUGGAGUUGCCGUCCUGGCUUGACCCCACCACUAGUCCGAACCGGACCUAUAUCCACCGCGGGAAGCUGCACAUUGUGCCCAGAAUACACAGCCAUGGCCUCGGCGGAGACAUCUCGCUGAGGGCCGGGCUCGCGGCUGUGGCAGACGAACAGAUCCAGACACAGGCCAGUGUCUUGGUCGAUAAGGCAAUUUCGGCUCGAACUCAGAGAUAUCCUGCAAAGGCCGCGCGCAACACCCACCAUGCAUCAUGCAUUGUUCCGCUCAAGGUGGCCCAUCUGCUGUAUCAUGAGCCACAACUGGUGUCAGCCGCCGUCGAAGCCUUUUACUUGCGAGACCCGAUCAGCCUCAAGGCAUGCCACAAGAUGGAGACCUUCCCACCAGCCACCAACGUGCGGAUGACGAUAAAGUUCUCGCGGCUGCUCUAUGCACAGCUGCUGAGCCAGCAGUUCUACCCACCCAAGCCGUUUCAGCUGCCGGCAUCCUCCGACCCUUCCUUCAAAGCAGCGGACCUUGGAAUGAAGCUGGCUUGUGGGCUCGAAAUGAUUUGCGCCGAUCGAACAAUGUGGACACCCGAAGACGAUAAGGCCACAGUCUGUAACUACCCUUUUGAACAAGACAAGGAAUGGGCGGCGUUCCAAUCGCGGUUGAUCAAGAUGGGAUACUAUCGGACCGAAAUCGCCGGAUCAAAGCUGUUCAAGCACCUUGAGCAGACAGCCAAGGAGCAGUACCUGCUCUCCAAGGGCAAUGAUCUAGAAAACAUCGACAAUCCCGCGUCGCGAAUCCGAUAUCUGCUCUCGCUACCGCAAGUGGAGCGCUCGCAACUGCCGAACGGGCCCGAGGACAGUGACGCGUGGAUGUACAUUGAGGACACUGAGCUUGAUGACGUUUUCCAGCAAAGGGCGCAGGAGAAUGUCAGGCCUGAAGAGGCUCUAGAGGCUUUGAAUGAUGACGACGAAAGCAGCAGCGACGGCUCUGACAGCGAUGACGAGAAAAUUAACAGCGCCGAUGUCAAGAAGCUCGAGACUUUGAUCCAAAGCUUUGGAAAGUUCAUGAAGACAAAGAGCGACCCUUCUGGCGCACUGUUUCCUCACGAAACGACCGAUCACGAAGCCGGCGUGCCCAUUCACUUUGACGAAAGCGAGUUUUUCAAAUCGGUCGUGUCCAUACUUGGAGAUCCCGACGAAGCUACCGCCGAGAGUGACCAAGAUGCGCGCCCGACGGCUCCGCUGAAAAAACGACAGGCCCGCCAAAUCAUCGUCGAACGGGACUCGGACGACGAGGACGACAGCGACGAGGAGCAAGAGGACGAGGACCUCCAUUCCGAUCCGGCACUCGCCGCUUCGAUCGACGCGGAGAUGAAGCAGUACAUGGAGUCGAUGGACCACGAGCUGCACCAAACAAAGCUAGGAAAGGACUUUGAGAAGCAAGCAACGACUGUGGUCGAAGCCGACGCCAAUGACCAGCUGUCGGGAUCCGCUGACGACGAAGAAGAGUUCAGACCCGUGGAUCUGGAUGUCAAUUUGAUCAAGAAUCUGCUCAUGUCCUUCGAGUCACAGCAAGGCCUUUCUGGUCCCGGAGGCUCCAUCCUGUCCAGUCUCGGGAUCACUCUGCCAAAGAACAAGGAUACAUGACGGCCCAUGCCCACCCCACGAAGUUGUUCCAAGUUCUGCUAUGCUAUGCGGGGUCGAUGGUCGAUCGAUGGUCGAGCUUGGCACCCGAAUACAGAGCAGUUUCGCAACGCUGGCA